GGUUCAAAAUUGGCAAAUUUGCUGAACGGAGCCCAUGAGACUUGCCAAGUUGCCCUUGCGAAUUUAAAACAUAAAACAAAAACGAGGAAAAUCAAUUGAAGAAAAAGAUAGAAAAAGAAAUAAAUCUACUUUGUAAUGUGUACGUAAUUUGGUUUUGAGUAGCAACAACAGUCUAUUGAGAAUUUCAUAAUUCUGGGUUUUAUCAGAAGAGAAUGAAACUCUAUCAAUUUCUUCACCUCUUCCUUCUCUUUGGGCUCUUUUGUUUGCUUUCAAUCCCCAGAUCAUAUUCUUCUUCUCCUUCUCUCUCCAGAGAAUCACUUGGAAUCUCUCCUGAAGAUGCGAACUACUUCAAGUCGGAUGUUAUAAAAUGCAAAGAUGGAUCUAAGAAAUUUACUAAAGCUCAGCUCAAUGAUGAUUUCUGUGAUUGCGCAGACGGAACUGAUGAACCAGGAACAUCAGCUUGCUCCAGGGGAAAGUUCUACUGUAAGAAUACUGGACAUGUUGCUCUUUCGUUAUUCUCUUCCAGAGUGAACGACGGUAUUUGUGAUUGCUGUGAUGGUAGUGAUGAAUAUGAUGGUAAGGUGAGUUGUCCAAAUACAUGUUGGGAAUCUGGCAAAGUGGCUAGAGACAAAUUGCAGAAGAAGAUUGCAACAUAUAAGGAGGGUGUCACUAUACGGAACCAGGAAAUUGAACAAGCAAAACAAGGCAUAUCAAAAGGUGAAGCAGAAUUGGCAAAGCUCAAGAGUGAAGAAAAGAUACUCAAAGGGCUUGUUCAACAACUAAAAGAUCGCAAGGAACAAAUUGAUAAAGCAGAGGAGAAAGAGCGCUUAGAAAAGGAAAAGGAAGAAAAGAAGAAAAAGGAAUCUGAGGAGAAAACAGAGGGAGAAGAAAAGGAUUCCAAGGAGACACAACAUGAGGAAGGUCAGAGUGGGACUUCGGAUGAACCUUCAUCAGAACAGGAUGUGUCAGAAAUUAAUGACAAUGAUGCUGUCGGAGCUGAAAAUGACGAUCUUUCAGAAAAUGAAGCAUCUCAAAGUGGCGGGUUAGAGCAGGAUGCAGCAGAUGAUAAGAAAACAACGGUUGAAACUGGAAGUGUUCAUGGGACUCACGAUGUUGAAAGUAAUGAAUCUCAGGAUGAAGCAAUUGAACAGGAGAAAGAUGGUUCAGAAAAUACAGAAGGAUUAUCAAAGGAAGAGUUGGGUCGGCUUGUUGCGUCACGUUGGACGGGGGAAAAUUCAGGAGAGAAAAAUAAGGAAGUAGAUGAUGCGAAAAAGGGGGAAAAGAUAGGGAAGUCAGAGACACAAGAGAAUGAACCUAAUGAGGAUGAUGACGGGUAUAAUUCAUCAGAAGAUAACUAUAAAUAUGAUGAAGACUCUCCUGAAGAAGAAGAUAUUGAUGACGACUUUGAAGAAGAUGAUCACCAGAACGCUGAUGCCUCGUACAAAUCUGACUCAGAAGACCAAACCGACUAUUCAGAUAUAACAACCACAACAAGCCCAUCAUGGUUGGAGAAGAUACAACAAACUGUUCGAAACAUUCUGCAGGCAGUUAACUUGUUCCAAACCCCGAUUGAUAAAUCAGAGGCUGCUCACAUUCGAAAGGAAUAUGACGAUGCCAGCUCAAAGUUGUCUAAAAUACAGUCACGAAUAUCGAGUCUAACUAAGAAGCUUGAAAAUGAUUUUGGGCCAGAGAAGGAGUUCUAUUCCUUUUAUGACCGUUGUUUUGAAAACAAACAGAACAAAUAUGUUUACAAAGUCUGCGCAUUUAAACAAGCUUCCCAGGUGGAAGGCCACAGUUCAACUCAGUUGGGGCAAUGGGAGAAAUUUGAGGACUCAUAUAGAACAAUGCUGUUCUCAAAUGGUGAUAAAUGCUGGAAUGGGCCUGAUAGAAGUUUGAAGGUGAAGCUUAGGUGUGGACUGAAUAACGAACUGACUGAUGUUGACGAACCGAGUCGUUGCGAAUAUGUGGCAAUAUUAUCAACCCCUGCUCUAUGCCUAGAAGAAAAGCUCAAGGAACUACAACGAAAAUUAGAUUUAAUGAACAUGGAACAACCGCAGAGUCAUGAUGAGCUUUAAAAUCUUAUCCUUCUUAAGAUUAUCUUGGGGUACAGUUACUUCAAUCAUGCAUACCUCACAAGAGAUUCAAUUAGGUAGAGCUGUUUGAAAAACGGCCAGUUAGGCAGUCUUCAAAAGUUGUCCUAAAAGUUAGUUAUCAGUCUUCAAAGGUUGUCCUACCAAAUUUUUUGUUCUUCUUGAGCUAUGAUAUUUGCAACCUUUGUAACCUUGAUCCUGAUAUAUUAGAGAACGAGGCGACGUAAACAGUAAACUUCCUUUGUGAUAGUGAAACUGCUAAUUCAUCUUUCUCAA